AUGACAUUCCCUGCUGAACCGUUUUGCAGAGUACUGACAGGCAGCGAGCAGAGACAUAUCAACAGGUUGUCGGCCAACCCGGUCAACACCCUCAGCGUACGGCGAUUUGAGGCCCAGCAUAACGAGCCGGAUGUACCGUCUGCCAAACGUCAGAAAAAGGACAACACGCGAGCAAGCGACUCAACAACGAGCCCAUAUUUCACGACACCGCGGGCGAAAAAGAGCAACGAGUUUCACAACGUCCACGUUGAGUCGGACGAGAUAUUCGACCUUAUAAGUACUUCAAGCGCAGGAAAUGUGGGUGUCAAUGGCCUAGCGUUGGCCGAGUAUCGCAACGUCCAGCCGCCGAGUAGAAAAGCGAAUCGGCGACGCAGAAGCCGUACUUCUUCAAACUUCCAACAGCGCGAUGCGGUUGAUGCCAGCUCUAGUGUCUACCGAACUCCUGCGCUUUCAAGACGACCCCUGAUAUCUACAGUCUCUGACAGCCCAGAUGUACUCGAUUUCGAGGAACUGUCUUCUGGAGUCCCAGAGGUAGUUUCUAGUAUCUCUUCGCUUUUCGGCGGAAAAAGAGAUCGGCCAUAUCGUCUUGCAGACAAUUCCGGGGGGCGUCAGUACAAACGACAUAAGCUUUCAACAGCCAAGGAGCCUAUCGACAUCUCGGAAGAUGAACUCCAAGGCGAUUCAGCCAAGUGCACGGGUCCGAACAAGAAGGAGAGCGCAGCCUCACAAUCCUCCCGCAAUCUAGGCGGUCUUAGCAAGAGCUCCAUGCGAGGCGACCUACAUCAUACAGCCUUUGGAAAGCCCGCUGAUCUAGAGAAAAAAGCCGAGAGAGCAUUCGACGAGGCAAAGAAUUGGAUAGCUUCGAAUGUCACUUCUAAAAACAGCAGCCGAACAUACACCAGAGAUAAGAAAGAAAACGAUAUAGGUCGAGCAUCUUCUCCCCCAGGUCGACGCCCUGGGUCGACACGUGCAAAACUAAAAGACACCCUAAUACAGUCAGCUAAGGAUUUCGGCGAUUCCGCAGCUCUGCAACGAGUCGAGGAACUGCUGGAUUUCGACAUUCGUAGGUCUACGAGGUCAUCCGGUCCGUCUACCCGUCAUCGGAUGCCAUCCCCUAUUGGCUGGACACAAUUGAAUCCGGAGUGGCAUGAAUCGUGGCAGGCGCCGCUGGUAUUCCCCCCUACCGGCAAGAAUAGGGCGACGGUAGAUAAAAUCGACAUCCCCAGGCUAGACGAGAAUGAAUUCCUAAACGACAACCUCAUCAACUUUUAUAUCCGGUACCUUGAACACACCUUGGAAAAGGAACGGCCUGAGUUGCUACGCAAAGUCUAUUUUUUCAGUACCUUCUUCUUUGAGAAGCUAAGAUCUACGAAGGGCAAAAUUAAUUACGACGGCGUAAAGGCGUGGACCGCAAAGGUAGAUCUGCUAUCUUACGACUACAUCUUUGUGCCCGUCAACGAACAUGCUCACUGGUAUCUGGCCAUUAUUUGCAAUAUCCCCAAUGCCAUCCAGCCCAUCUUGGAGGAGAAAGGCUCAGAAACAUCGACAAAUUUAAUAUCCAAUGCCAUAGAAGUGACGGAUACGCCCAGCUCCCCAAGAUUGUCGACGGUAGAAAGGGAUCUGACUGAAAUUUCUCUGGAAGAUGGAACUGCAGUGACGGGAACACAAAAAGAAGGGAUGAAUGAUGUACCGCCAUCGCCUCUUAAAAGGAGGAAAUCUGCAGGCCCAGUAUCCAAACUUAGCCCUACACAACCGAGGAUUGUCACUCUUGAUUCGCUCGGUGGUCCGCACCCUCCGACUUGCAAAGCGCUGAAGGAAUAUCUGGUCGAGGAAGCAAAGACGAAGAAGGGAAUUGAUCUGACAACUGUACCCACCGGCAUGACAGCUAGAGGCAUACCAGAACAAAACAACUUUUGCGAUUGCGGCGUCUUCAUACUAGGGUAUAUGCAAGAAUUUCUGGCAAACCCCGAUGAAGCUGCCCGGAAGCUCUUGAUGAAGGAAGAACUUGGAUGGGACAUUCGUCCGUCUGAGCUACGAAACCGCAUAAGAGGGCUACUCUUUGACCUUCAAGGGGAACAACAAAAGCAUCAUAAACAGCUCGAGGAGGAAAAGAGGCUCCGCAAAGCGAAGAAGAAGUCCAGUGCUGAAACGACUAAACCUUAUUCCUCGCCGGUCAGGCUUGUGGAGUUGUCACCUCCAGUACCAAAGUUGCCCGGUUCAUUCCCAUCCGACUCCCCGGAGAGUAAACCAGUACCAGAGGCAACGCUAUCGUCAUCGGAGUCUGUACAAGAAGCCGACAGCUCGGAAAGCAGUGGCCUGAGCGGUAAAGCAUCGCACGAAGCUCAACAGAAGCCCAAACCGAUCGAAGAGUUCCGAUUCAUAAGCCCCUUGCCUGGAUCGAUUGUCGUAGAGCUGAAAUCUGCCAAGGGCUAUGACAAGAGCGAGUUUGAAGAAACAACCUUGCCCGACGACGACGACGAGGUCCAGAUUGUGAAAGAGUUGUCAGGCUCUCCGUACCCGUACGCAUUCAAGCCCAACUCAAAGACAACGGAGACACGCAGACGUCGGCACUCCUCAGUUGAAGUAAUAGAGUCAAUAACAAAUCGACCAAUUCCAUCUUCUCGGGUGCAAAAUCAAGGGGACAAGCCUUCCAUCAACCCCUCGCCUGGGUCGAAGCCGCGGCAGUCGAUUGAAUACGACAGCGACAAUGCCACCCGCGGAGAAGCCAAAUAUGAUGGCAUAGACAGAUCGGGUAAACCUGCUGACAAAACAGCACUAUGA